AUGGAGUUAAUUUUCGGCACCAUUUUAUUAAUCGAGUUAAUCGUUGUAAUCAAUGGACAAUUUUUUACCAAAACUGGAUCAAAAUCCAUUCCCAGAAUGGGUCGGAGGGCUGAUAAUAGCAUGUGGUCUUUGAUUCCUCCGCAUUCAUCAUAUAAUCGUAAAGUAAUCGAAGCAUUGCUUCAGAAAUAUAACGACAAAAACAGCGAAGAAUUGGAGAAUUCAAUGACAGGUUUGGAGAGGAAAGCGACCGACGAUUUGGACGCCAGUAAUGAACACGACUUGAAAGCGAAGAAAGACAACUCAAAAACUGCUUCCUUUCCACUCGAAGCGAUUUGA